AUGCUCCAACUCACCCUCAACAGUGGCACAUCGGACUCGGUUCCCUUCCGGGGACAGAGUCAUUCCUACUGCCAUCUCCGCACUUCCCGUCGCAAUCUUGGGGUCCUUUGGUUCUUGGGAAUCUUCGGAAGUUACCCAAGUCAGGAUGGACCUGUGGAGACAUACCCCGAAGAGUGGGGGCAAGGGUCUAAAUCCAUCAAAUUUACCUCAAACCGAGAGGAUACCCAGACCGCGUUCGCUUUCCACUUCGCAAAGAUGGCUAUCUUCCCAUUGACCAAAUACACAUCCCACAUGGGCGCAUCGGGUCUGAAGCUCAACAUGCUCGUUGCCGGUAUUGCGGCAUGCAUCGUGAUCGCUUCUUUUGAACUCGGUGCCCUUAUUGGUGCCCUCGCCUGCUUGGACCUUGGCGACCGCCUCGGUCGUCGUCUGACCGUUUGGUUCGGCAUGCUCUUUAUGCUGAUCGGCGGCACGUUACAGACCAGUGCGUGGGUUAUAUCUCAGCUGGUAUUGGGUCGCGUUAUUAGCGGCAUCGGCCUCGGCUUACAGGUAGCCACGGGCACAUACAACCUGUCAAAGCUUCGGGGCUUGCAUGCCAGCCACCCGGAACUAGUGUUUGAACGUGAGGCAAUCAUCGCCUCGUUCGAAGCGCAGAUUGAACUCGCUCCAUUCUCCUACAGAGAAAUGCUGGACAUGGGAAAGAACAAGACGUUCCAUCGCGUCGCCAUUGGAGUCUUCAUGCAAGCGGCGCAGCAAAUUUCUGGAAUCAAUUUGGUCUCGACCUACGCCAACAAGAUUCUGCAGGAGUCGUUCGGCCUCGACGCCAGCACAUCGCACCUUAUCGCUGCCAUGGGCGGUUUGGAGUAUGCUCUAUGCUCGCUUCUAUCAGUGUUGCUCAUAGAAGGACUCGGGCGUCGUCGAGCCUUUCUGUGGACUACUAUUGGCAUGUCCUGCUGCUUUGCCAUCAUCGCUGGGCUUCAAAGCACAGAUUCGCGCACCUGCCAACUGAUCGCUGCUGGAUUCCUCUUUCUCUUCAAUACUUUUUUUGGUCUCGCCUGGGUUGGAGGGCCGUUCUUGUACAGCGCCGAGAUUGCACCCCUGCGAUGCCGCGCGCAGGCUAAUGCCAUGGCGAGCGCUGCCAACUGGUUGUUCUGCUUUGUGGUGGUCAUGAUCAUCCCGCCCGCUUUCCAGAAUAUCGGCUGGAAGACGGUAAGUCUGCCCUUUUGUGCAUUGUGGUCCGUGUUCAACCUAACCUGUGUCUAG